AAGCUAAAUUUCUGACAACUCAAACGUAUCAAUAGUGGCACUGUAGCUUAGCCAAGCAGACAAUGAAAAAUUUACGAAAAGUACAAUAACUUGUCAGUAUUUAGCUGACAAUUUAUAUGUAAUCAAAAAGACUUAUACAAUAUGUUAAGUCGAUGUGUUAUGUAAAUAGCGGUGUUUAAUGCCAAAUAAUACACCUGUCUUGACUACAAAAUGUCGGGUCAGAGAAUUCAUCACAAAUCAUCGCCCAGCUCACUGAAACAGGGUCCGAUGAAAGCAACAAUUCCAAUGAUAUCGCUGUUCAAACAGCAAACGACCAAUUUGAGAAAAAGUAAAAGCAACAGCCCGACAUUAUCACCUACAAAUGCCUGGAAAACAAGAUCACCUGACCAUUCAUCUGGACAGAGGAGUCCAGGUUCUACUUGCUAUAAAGUAAAAUCAAAAACUUUGAAUGGAGGAUGUUCGGGUGGAAAUAAUUCUGCUGUGAUAAGACGUACGGCUUCUUUGGAUACUAUUUAUCUAAAGGGUCAGUGGCCGCGAGACUGUUUUUAUAUGUAUACCAGUUAUUUACAAGUAGAUAAAGCGACACAAACUGAUGAUUGGAUUGGAACGGAGGUACGAAAACCACAUCGGUAUGUUGAUGCUUGUGGUGGUGCUGAUGACAAGUUAAAAAUGAUUCGACAUAAGCUACAACGAAAUGCCCAAAGUGUUGGUCAAAGGGAACGUUUAACUUUACCAACACCUGGUGCAAUACCUGGCGAUCAUACUGUUAUCUAUACGUUACCAACAACCAGCUCACAAACAACAAAUACCCCAAGUACAAUUUUAUCUCCAACAAUUAAGGCUAGUCCAGUAAACAUUCCAGUUAAGCCAUUGGCGCGACCAAUGCGAAGUUCUAUAGAAGGGCUUAAUCAAGAAAUUGAGGGAUUGGUAUUGAAGGCGACUGGCACUCCUGGUGCAUUAUUUACAGAUCGAUGUGAAGAUGAAAAGUUUCAACAAAAUACACCAGAAGGGCAUAGAGCGCCAUUGGCAGAUUUAUUACGAUCAACAAGAUCUGUAAAUACUCAAACACCUGCGGCUUCUGAAUUGUUAGGUAGCUGUCAAUCAUCAGGACAUUCGUCUAGAGAAUCACAUUCUCCUUCUUUCAUUCUUGGAUUAAUUGACGAAUCAAGAACAUCUAGUGAUCAAGGUGGAAGUCAAGGUUCAUCACCGGAUCAAGAAUAUGGGAAAUUAGGUACAUCACCACAUAUAAAUCGUUUUUUGGCACGUGAGCCACCGGAUGGAUGUGAAAAAGUUAAUUUAAAAUUUAUGGAGGAUUCAGCUCGACGACCUGUGAUUGAUCUCUGUCCAUUGAAGCCGAACGUCACGUUCCAAUUAAAACCAAGCCAGGGGUCAGCAUUUUAUCCACUUCAACAACUUCCCUCCCCUACUGGACCUCCCGAUGACGCCAAUCCCCUGCCAUUAGUGCCACCGGCCGCGCGCCCCCCAGCUGACCGGCCAUAGACUGAUUGCGGCUGUGCAUUAUAAUUAUUAUUAAUAAAUAUUAUUCUAUUUACCAAAUAAUUUUCAAGUUAGAGGAAGUAUUUUUAGGUUGAUAUUACAUUUUUUUUUCUUUUUUGUAAUAUAAAAAUAUUAUAUGAUUCAUAGGAUUUAUUAUUGUUAACCAGGGCUGCCACAAACCUGGAAAACUUUGAAAAAAACACCUAAAAAUUACAUUGAAAUAUUUUAAGUACCUUAUCAGAGAAUAUGUUUUAAAAUUGCGUUUAAGAUUGGAACAUGAAAAUUUUUGUUUUGUAAUAAAAUUGUAAAAAACAUGACACUUGAAGUGCCUUUUCGCUUUGACAAUGUGAAUGUCAUGAAAAGGUCAUAAUUCCAAAUUAAGACAGUUAGCGCUAAGUGAAAAAAGUUCUACUUCGAUUAUUAUCUCUAAAACAAAAGCGCCCUUAUUAGUCGAUUUUUCCGAAAAAUUUAACAUUGAAAAAUAAAAUUUUGUUUAAAAUUACAGUGACUCGGUUCGAUAAACUUCGAUAUUAUUACGCUUUUUACGCUUAAUUUUAUUUGAAUAUCAAUAUCUUAAUAAUCGAGAUCUUAAUGAUUACAAGAGCAAAACAUGUCAGGUUUUUAAAAAUAUUUAAUGUAUCUCAAAAAAAUUAAGUGGAAAUAGUUAAAAAAUAUCGAAAUUUUUAUUUCUUCGAUACCCAAAAUAACGUCACAGAAUUAUUUCAUAAAUUGUUUUGAAUCUGUUUAUUUGUUAUAAAAGACUCAUCUGUUAUAAAAUGAAUGUAGCAACUAUUUAAAUAAUAUUACUAGAUUAAAUCUCGGAAUGUUUUAUCAUAUUUGUUUAAUAGAACACUAAUUUUUCAUGUUCGAUUUGCACUUGGUCGGUUUUUGAAAAUCCUAGUCAUGGAAUUUCAUUUAAUUUUUUUUGAAAUUGUGGCUUCCCUCUAAUUAACCUUACAAUAAUAUCGUGCAAUUAUUCUUCAAAUUAUUAUUUAGGGUAAACGAAAACAUUAAGAAACAUCCAAAGCGACUA